AUGCUUGUCGUUGUUCAGAACCAGGUUAUCAAUGAUUUUCUCGAAGACGAUCUCGGCGACCUGCACGGCGCUCUGCCAUUGAGCAAUCCCAAUCACCUGACACUAGGACCUGAUAACUUCAGCCUGGUGGACUUUUUGCGCUCAUGGGCCCGUUCUGGCCCUUCACGGGAUGGCCAUCCCGCACCACCUCUUGAAGCGCCGCGAACGCUCAUCGCUGAUAAGAACACACACCGGAUAAAUUACGAGCAGCUCAAAGGAGACCAGUGCGACUUCCAGGGCGUCAGUUGGUCGAAACUGGGUGUAUCGCGCAGCAAAGCGAGGGAUCGUCGCCGGGCGACUUAUAAGAACUAUGUCAAUAAGGCCGGCUCUGAUAAGUGGCAUCCAAGCCUCCCGGACCGGUAUGCCAUGCCCCGCGACAAUUACUUCCGAUUCAAAAGUAUGGAUAUACGGCGUGAUACACGCUUGUUGCAUUUCCAGUUGCGCAACAUCUUAGCAUGCACUUCUCGUACUCGGGCUUUUUUCCCGGGCUCCAACGCUAUCCGAGAGCUGGACCCUACUACAGGACGGACAAGGAAAGCAAUGGACUUCGGCCACCACAGCGACGUGCAAGUAUCCACCAUCGCUGCUACCGACGAGAUCUUGGUAGCUGGCAGUUUUCUAGGCGACUACCGCUAUCGAAAUAUAAACUCGGAGGAUCGUGACUUCACCGAGGGGAAACUGACUGAGCACAUCAGUGGUAUCACCAACCAUGUACAAAUACAUUCCGCCCGGCGUUCGUCUGCCCCUAUAGCCGCCUUCGCCUCCAACGACUUCGGGUUCCGGACAGUGGACCUCACAACCAACCAGCUUCUUUUUGAGAGCAUGUACAAUUACCCUUUAAACUGCUCAGCGAUUAGUACUGAUCAAAGACUGCGCGUCAUGGUGGGCGACCACACGAAUGUCCUCAUCACGGAUGCCGAGACUGGAGAGAUAUUACAGGACCUCAGCGGUCAUCGAGACUUUGGUUUCGCUUGCGACUGGGCUCCUGAUGGCUGGACGGUCGCAACUGGCUUUCAGGACAAGAGCGUGCGGAUAUGGGAUGCGCGGCGGUGGACCAACAAUCACAAUGGCGAAGGCGCGCCAAUAGCAGUAUUGCGAUGCGAUAUGUCCGGCGCCAGGAGUCUUCGGUUCUCUCCUCUUGGUUCCGGAAAGCGCCUGUUGGUGGCUGCUGAGGAAGCAGACAUAGUGAGCAUUUUCGAUGCUCAAACCUUCGACACACAGCAGAAGAUUGAUAUGUUUGGCGAGAUUGGUGGCACGGCAUUUGCAGAUGAUGGUCAGGUGUUGAUGGCGCUGAACACCGACCCGGCCCGCGGCGGAAUUGUACAGUUUGAGAGGUGCGACGGCGGUACCGAAGAUGCUUUCAACACCAAUGACUGGGACCUGAGCCGUCGGUCAGGACCACCGCGAACAUCGUAUAGAUAUGAUUGGGGCGCCACUACCAAGGACACAUUAGGACUUUCGCAGUCACUGGAGACAUUGACCGAGCGAAGAAGAAAAGCUGUAGCCAGCAGUAACCUCGAGCCAUUUUGA